GUCGGGGCGGGUAAAACACACGGGUGUGUUUGCGAUGGGCACUUCAGCGGCCGUUCGACUCCGUACGGGCCUUCUCGAAAGCCCGCCUCGCAGAGUCAGUUGUUGAGAGAAGAUACGAAACGCUCAGAGCUGUUGGAAUUUCAUAUAGCCGAUUAACAUUUGCAUGCCCUUAAAAAUGGGGAACACAAGCAGUGAGCGAGCUGGACUGGAGCGUCAUGGGCAUAAAGCAUCCCGAGGUGACAGCUCAGGAGGAGCCAUCAGUACGAAAGAGGGUGAUAGACCAAAGAUCUUAAUGGACAGUCCUGAAGAUGCAGACUUGUUCCAUUCAGAGGAAAUGAAGGCUCCAUUGGAGAAAGAAGAAUUCCUAGCUUGGCAACAAGAUCUGGAAGUGAAUGAUAAAACUCCCACGCAAGCUCGACCAACAGUCUUUCGCUGGACUGGAGGAGGGAAAGAAGUUUAUUUAUCUGGGUCCUUCAACAACUGGAGUAAAAUUCCCCUGACAAGGAGUCACAAUAACUUUGUGGCGAUCCUGGACCUGCCAGAAGGAGAGCACCAGUACAAGUUCUUUGUGGAUGGGCAGUGGACGCACGACCCUUCAGAGCCAGUAGUAACCAGCCAGCUAGGUACCAUCAACAACGUCAUACAGGUGAAGAAAACUGACUUUGAAGUAUUCGACGCUUUGAUGGUGGACUCCCAAAAAUGUUCAGACAUGUCUGAGUUGUCAAGUUCGCCCCCAGGACCGUACCACCAGGAGCCCUACGUUUGUAAGGCAGAGGAGCGCUUUAAAUCACCACCUAUUCUUCCCCCACACCUGCUGCAGGUCAUCCUGAACAAGGACACAGGCAUUUCUUGUGAUCCUGCUCUACUCCCUGAACCCAACCACGUCAUGUUGAACCACCUCUAUGCACUUUCUAUCAAGGAUGGAGUGAUGGUGCUGAGUGCUACGCAUCGUUACAAGAAGAAAUACGUGACUACUUUGCUGUACAAGCCAAUAUGAACAUCAUACUAGUUGGUGACCAAUUGUUCUGGGCCCGUGCAGUCUCAGAAAAAAAAAUUCUUCUCUUAACCAAAUGUAUUCCUGCUCUGUGCUGUAGCAAAUGAACUCUGAUUUCAUAUUGUUUCUGAGACUUCCAGGUUCUCCUAUAUUUGCCUUAUUUUCCCAGUCCCACCUUGGAAGUUCUUGGAGAUUGCAGCUUCGUGGCAACUAGACGGAUGGCAAAGGUGUCAGUGCCCGUUGUCAGCUCAGUUAAAAAACCAUCAGUUCAAUUAGGCUGAAAAAUGCGAGGGCAGCAAUGGAUGAAAGCCCUUUUGCAGUGAGGCGGACUGUAAGGAAUGAACAAGGUAGCCCAAAGUCUAGAAAGUUCAGGAUUCUUGUGGAAUCUUAUUUGAGCUCAGCAAAAGCAAGCCCGUUGCUGCUUUCAUAACUCAUCAAACACACAGUUAUUUCAGUAGCAAGUUCCGAACUUGCAUGGCUGAAAUAAGUGUGAAUAUUGAUGAUCUUUUUGUAGCAGCCUUUCUAGGCUAAAACCAGCAACACAAUCACCUACAAGGUCAUUCUGAUUUUACGGUAGACCGAGGUGCGCUCUUUCUACUGUGAAUAGCUCUGUAGUUUUUCUCUUCAUGAGAACUGAAAUACAACUUUUCCCCUGUGGAAUUUCUGGUAAAGACAAUUGUUUUUAAUGGCUGGGUUUUUCUGUAAAUCAUAAAUGUGUCUUGCAGUAAUCUGCUUUUUGAAACCAAUUUCUCUUGCUGUCACUGGUAAGGACUUCCUUAAGCUGGGCUGGGGAGCUGUGAGGAGAUCGAUGUGUUCAGUUUAGGGAUUAGUUCUUUGGUAGCAGCCUGAAGGUGACUCUAAGUCGCCUGUAUCGCAGUGGCCAAACUUGCCCCUCGGCGUCAGCAGUUGCAGCGCGCGGGGUACAGCAGCACCGCGCCUUCUGUGCCCGGGGCUAGAGCUGGGCCCCGCUCCAGCUUUGCAGCGGUGACCACGGGUGUAGAACCCGUGGUGGUUCCGCAGCCCGGGCUGUGGGGAAUCUCUGCAACUUUUUAUUCUGUUUAUAUUUGCUAAGUGAUUACAGUAACGCCAGGUUGCCUGUACUUGGUACUCGCAGCCUGUUUUAUCCCAAAAUAAACGCAACGUUAAUGCAAAACUGCCUGCUGGCGUGCCUCGGGCCUGCCCUGGAGGAGCCAGCUCAGGGGGUGACCUGCUGGGUCCUCCCCGCUGGUUGGGUUUUGGUGCCCGAGCGUGCCGGUGACUGUGCCAACGCUAACCAGCCCCUGGGCCAGCGCGGGGAAGAGCACAUUGCACAAGUCGGUAAGGAGUCGGAGUGGGGACAAAAGGUGCAGCAGCCAGCGCUGGGUGGAGGUGGCCGCAGUGGCUGGGUGGUUUGCCCUCAGACCUGUUCACGAGCCUUGCCGCAGUAACCUGAGUAGCUCAGUAGAUCUGGGUCUAGUGCAAUGGUUUUCUCUGAAAACUCUUUUUUCAUUCUGUGCUAUGGAUAGUUAUUUGGUAUUCUGAAAUAUGGAAUUGCUUUUGUUUUCAGCCUCUUUAGAAACAAAUAAAACAUUUUCAACAGAAGUUGGGUGACUUGCUUUGU